GCAUUUGGCUGUACAGAUAAUGAUUCAUCAAAAUAGUAUCAAUACAAUCAAUGAUUAUUUAUUAAUUUUGGAGGACCCCUCCCAUUUCUAGCAUUUGGGUUCCCUGUUAGCUAAUUACUUGAUUGACUACUGAUAUCCUUUAGCAUUUGUCUUCACCAAAGUAGUUGCCCAGACGUGGAUUAAAAACGGAGCUGUGCGCUACCUCCAUCGUCGUAUAUAUAAACCUACACCAGUUAGUCAAUAACCCAUUAUUAGCAAAGCAUGCACAACAAUUGCCUGAUAACUAGCGACCCAAAUCCCAAUGCCUUCAAACUGUUUCAUUCAUUUGGUUGUCGCUCUCUCCACGGUCCAUGUCAUCCACGGUGUCCGCUACACGGUAACCAACAACGCAACGGGAUCAGCGGGCGGCUCCAUCUUUGACAGCCGCGUUGGCGCGCCAUACACCAAGCAGACCAUGUCACGCGCCACGCGGUUCAUAUGGAAGACGUUCCGCCAGCAAAAUGAUGCCACGCAGAGGAAACACGUCACCAACAUCGACUUCUUCCUCGACUUUAUGGAAGAUGGCAUAGCCUACAGCAGCGACAACGACAUCCACCUCAGCGCCAGUUACCUGGGGACCGCCACGUCAGCACCGCCGAGGGUUCUAGUUGCGUCGGAGAUUUAUCACGAGAUGACGCACGUGUGGCAGUGGAACGGGGAUGGGAAAGCACCGUCGGGAUUGAUUGAAGGGAUUGCGGAUUUCGUAAGGAAGAAGGCUGGUUACGAGUCACCGUCUGGACCGAUUCGGUUAGGUGAAGGGGACAAAUGGGAUCAAGGGUAUGGGGUUACGGCCGGGUUUCUUGGGUAUUGCGAUGGUCUGAAACGUGGGUUCGUGGGUAAGUUGAACAAGAAGAUGAGGGUUGGAUACAGUGAGACGUACUUUCGGGAUUUGCUGGGGAAGGACGUGGAUGGUCUUUGGAGAGAUUACAAGGCUAAGUACCAAAGCUAGGAGAAAGAAGGAUGCAUUUUGGAGUGUAAUAUUUGAUCACUUUCCCUAAAAUAAACAAUGAUUUCAUGG